GAAGGACGUCCUGCAGCCGGAAAGGGUUAAGUUUAAAUUGGUGGCCGCGGCGCGGAGUUGGCAAGGGGAGAAGAUCUGGCGAUGGAUACAGAGGAGACCGUUGGGGCAGCGGCGCUGGCGGCUGAGGCGUCUCAUGUGGAGCUGGUGGGAGGACCCGAUCCAGAGCUGGCAGCCACGAUGGGCUUCUCGGGCUUCGGAAAGAAAGCUCGAACGUUUGACUUGGAAGCAAUGUUUGAGCAAACUCGAAGAACUGCAGUGGAAAGAAGUAAAAAGAUGCUGGAAGCCCGUGCAAGAGAAGAGGAAGCCCAGACAGAAAAAGAACUAAGAAGCCAACAUGAAGAUGUUGAUUCAGCAGCUUCAGGCUCAAGUAUGAUGGGAGCUUGCUCCGCAUUAACUUGCAGAGAGGCAGAAAGUAGUGAAAGUGAAGAUGGUUCAAAUGAAGAAUUAAUUGGUCCUCCUUUGCCACGCCAAACUUCCAUUCAAGGACCAGCAGAGGAUACUGAUGAUGAUGACGAUGAUGAAUUUAUUGGGCCACCACUUCCACCAGGGUAUAAGGACAGUGAUGAUGAUGAUGAUGACGACAUGCAAGAGGAAGAUAAUAACCCUGUCAAGAAAAUUCCAGACUCUCAUGAAAUUACACUCCAGCACGGGACCAAAACUGUAUCUGCUUUGGGUUUGGAUCCCUCAGGUGCCCGUUUGGUAACUGGAGGCUAUGACUAUGAUGUUCGGCUUUGGGACUUCGCUGGAAUGGAUGCAUCUCUUCAAGCUUUUCGAUCACUUCAGCCUUGUGAAUGUCACCAAAUCAAAUCUUUACAGUAUAGCAGCACAGGGGAUGUCAUUCUUGUUGUGUCUGGUAACUCUCAAGCUAAAGUUCUUGACAGAGAUGGCUUUCCAGUAAUGGAAUGUGUUAAAGGAGACCAGUACAUUGUGGACAUGGCAAACACCAAGGGUCAUACAGCAAUGCUUAAUACAGGCUGUUGGCAUCCCAAAAUAAAAGAAGAAUUUUUGACUUGUUCCAAUGAUGGGACUGUGAGGACAUGGGAUGUUAACAAUGACAAAAAGCACAAAGGUGUGUUUAAACCACGGUCAGUUCAAGGUAAACGGGUGAUUCCUACAACUUGCACGUAUAGCAGAGAUGGUAAACUUAUUGCAGCUGGCUGUCAAGAUGGCUCCAUCCAGAUCUGGGACAGGAAUAUGAAUGUUCAUACAAAGUUCCACUGCAGGCAGGCACAUGCUCCUGGCACUGAAACUUCAUGCUUGACGUUUUCCUAUGAUGGUACUGUCCUUGCUAGUCGAGGAGGCGAUGAUACAUUAAAAACAUGGGAUAUCAGGCAAUUUAAAAAACCUCUUAACUCAGUUGAAGGUCUGUCCAGCUUCUUCCCAAUGACAGAUUGCUGUUUCAGCCCAGAUGAUAAGUUAAUUGUCACGGGCACCUCUAUUAAGAAAGGAGGUGGCAAUGGGAAGCUUAUUUUCUUUGAACGGGAGAUAUUCCAGAAGGUGUAUGAAAUAGAAGUCACAGAUGCUAGUGUUGUGCGUUGUCUUUGGCAUCCCAAGCUAAACCAGAUCAUGGUUGGUACAGGAAAUGGAUUGGCUAAAGUAUACUAUGAUCCAAUCAAAAGCCAGAGGGGAGCAAAAUUAUGUGUAGUUAAAACAAAACGAAAAGCCAGACAGGCAGAGACUCUUACACAGGAUUACAUUAUAACACCUCAUGCCCUUCCAAUGUUUCGUGAACCACGGCAACGAAGUACCAGGAAACAGUUGGAAAAGGAUAGGCUGGAUCCCCUGAAAUCUCACAAACCAGAACCUCCAGUAGCAGGACCAGGUCGUGGGGGCCGUGUUGGAACUCAUGGAGGUACAUUGUCAUCAUACAUAGUCAAGAAUAUUGCACUGGAUAAGACUGAUGAUAGCAACCCCCGAGAGGCCAUUUUACGACAUGCAAAGGAAGCUGAGGAUAACCCCUACUGGGUUGCUCCAGCCUAUUCUAAGACUCAACCAAAAGCAGUUUUUGCAGAAGUGGAAUCAGAGGAAGAUGAAACAGACAACAAGCCAGAGUGGAAAAAACGUAAAAUAUGAAGAACUUGAUUUGGGGGAGGGUGACUGUGGAUUCAAAACAAAGUUGAGAGUUUUUUCAUUAUGCAAUAAAAGGUUGAAUUCUUUACAAACAGAAAUUCUUUUAAUGCAUUGCACAAUUUCCAACAAGCCGACCAAAGAUGAUUGUUGCAUUACAGUGGACUAGAAUUGUUGAUCUGCCUUUUGUAAUAAGGAGUUAAUUAUAUUAUGCAAAAAUCUUAUGUCAUUUUCUUAACUUUUGAUUUAUAAAAAAAGUAUUUGUGUUUGUAAUUUUUAACCAGAAUACAUCGUCAAUGAUUAACGAGAAAGCAGCAUUUUACUGUAAUAUUCCAUCUGAGGAUUUUAAGUAAGAACAUAAAAACUGGAGUUUUUCAGGCUUCUUUUAUUUAUUCCAAUAACAUCUAUUAAGCUGUGUAAAAAAGUUAUGAUUUCACAUUUUUUAGGAAUAUCAAUUUAGGAUAAUUCUUAGGCGUCUGGUUUGUUUAGCUGGUGUGCUAAGUUUUGAAAAACAUCAAAUAUUUUCUAGUAUUUAUGGCUUAUCUGAAAUAUGUUUCUUUUGAAUUGUACAGUAUCUCACAUUACUGGUAAAGAUUUUAUUUUAUAAGCCAUAUGGAGUAAGAAUGUACAGUUCUGUAUAUUUGUCUGAAUUAAAACAUUGUACACUCGUUACUUUUCUUUUUCUAA